AUGGCUGUGGAGAAACGGCGCCAACUAUUAUCGAAAGGCAAGAGCCACCCAAACGUCCUCGCCCUGGCCCGAUCCUUGAGGGAACUAGCCAUUUCCAGGUCUGAAGGGCUGAGCUUCAAGCCUGACAAUGUAUCACUGCAACUGCUGACGGAGAGCAUCAGUCUUUACCGCUCUUUAUCUCAAGUGAAUUAUCGCUCGGACCUGGUCAAGCUGAGUAUUGCUACAUCUCUCCAAGAGCUCGCUGCCCUUCAGGCACAGCUAAAGCUGCACGAAGAAGCGGUGGGGUCGGCUUGUGAAGCCGUCAGAUGUUUUGCACAUCUCACACAGACCAGACCAGACCUCCGGAGUGACUUUGCUCAUGCUCUGCUGGACCAUUCCGUAAUUCACUUUAAUUUGGGGUUUCUAUCGGAUGCUUUGGAAACGGCGACACAGGCAGUGUCUCUUGCUGAGGUCAUGGAGAGUAAUGAUCGGCAGGAACUGCUUGCUAAAGCUAGGAAGCAGGUUGUAGCUUGCUGCGGGUAUCUUGGAUGAUUGAAGAUGCAGAACAGCAAAUUGACUGGGACUGCAUCCAAUUUCGUCAGUUUCGAAGCCUCGGUAAUGCUACCAGGCGUAGCUUUGAAUGGCAUGAGCUGUACAACAUCUCUUCGUCGGAGGAUCCUUUAUGAACGAUUGCUCCAUAGUUCGUUGGCCAAUCCCAAGGACAAGGCUGAAGGUCUGAUAUUGUUUUGAAGACUGGGUUCAAAUGUAACACAUACAUUAUAUUGAAGUAAUCAAUCGAAUAAUCUUUCU